AUGAAUACAAUCAUGCGCAAUGUGGCUAGCAUAGUCACCAUCUGGAUCGCGACUUCCCAGGCAAUUCAGCCAGGCGCUGCACCUGCCCAGUCUGAACCACUACGAGAGCUAGACUUUGGGGAUAUAAACUUCCUACACACAACAGACACACACGGAUGGCAUGCAGGACACAUACUGGAAUCUUCAUACAGUGCAGACUGGGGUGAUUACAUUUCCUUCUCACGGCACUUACGGAAUAAGCUGGAAGCUGAGGGGAGAGACCUUUUAGUAAUUGACACUGGUGACAGAAUAGAGGGCAACGGUCUCUACGAUGCUUCUGUUCCCAGGGACAUUCUUUGCACUGGCAACCAUGAGCUAUACAAGAAUUCCUCAGCUGAAGAUGACUACCUCAAGCUUGUUCCUACCUAUAAGAACAACUAUCUCGCUUCAAAUCUGCAGAUCAUUGAUCCAGUAACGGGUGUCCUAUCUUAUGCGGCUCGAACUCAUCGCAAAUUCACUACCAAGAAACAGGGUCUGCGCAUUAUGGCUAUGGGCUUUAUUUUUGACUUCACCCGGAACGACAAAAACACUAUUGUGAUUCCAGUAGGAGUGGCAGUCAAGCAACCCUGGUUCCAGGAAGCCAUUCGCGACAGAGACGUCGACCUCUUCGUAAUCAUUGGGCACGUUGGUCUACGCGCGCCAGAAUUUGAGCUCAUUCAUCGCGAAAUUCGUUCCGUCAACGCAGACAUCCCAAUUCAGUUCUUCGGUGGUCACUUUCACACUCGAGACUACCGCGUGUUUGACGCAAAGUCUCACGCUCUAGCAUCAGGCCGAUUUAUGGAGACCAUUGGCUUUCAAUCGCUCACCUUCAGCAACACUUCCAAUACAAUUGCCAGCAAUGUGACCUUCUCCCGCCGCUACAUCGAUAACAACCUGUACAGCCUCCAUCACCAUAGUGACACCAACCAAUCCACUUUCUCAACUCCCUCUGGUCUCCGCACAUCCGCCAUGAUCACUCACGCCCGCUCUAUCUUGCAUCUCGACCAGACUUUUGGCUGUGCACCACAAAACUACUGGAUGUCCCGUACCCCUUAUCCUCACCCCGAGUCGAUCUUCUCCCUGAUAGUAGACAAUAUCUUUCCAACAAUCCUUAAUCCAACUCGUCAAACCAAAAGUCGACUACUGCUCACAAAUACCGGCGCAAUCAGAUUCGACAUUUUCAAGGGUCGAUUCACGCGUGACAGCACAUACAUUGUCAGUCCAUUUACCAGUAACUUUUCCUAUCUUCCGGAUGUCCCAUACAAACUUGCCAGUAAACUGCUUCCGAUCCUAAAUGGCGAAGGGCGACAGACUCUGAGAUCUCUCAAUAUCCCUGAUUUGACAAUCGCAGCACUACACGAAGACGCCAACCUCGACCUUACCGCCCUUCCACCACCCGAACAGCGCGCCCGCAACCACGAGAAACAACACCUAUACAUUUCCGGUCCUUACAUGCACAAACACAAGCACUUGAUUUCCGAACAUCGCCUCCAGUCACGAGACCACCAACAAACUCACGAACAGCAACAACACGACCUCAAAGCUCAAGAUUCACAGCACCGAAUCCUCCCUGAAACGGCAGCAGCAGCAGCAGCAAAAUCCAAACCCCAAACUCUCACCCCAGGUUACACAACCCUCGACGAUCUAGGCAGAAACGGCGACGAUACAAUCCACUCACCGAUCCAGUUCUACGACGUGCCGAAUUGUGUGCAGGCUCUUUUUGUGGGUGACAACAACAACACCCCUAAUAGCAAGACCUUGGACAAUGAAGAGAGUACUGGGGCGGUUGUUGAUGUGGUGUUUAAUCACUUCCUCAUGCCGUAUAUUCUGCAGAUUUUGAAUUUAUUGCCCCAGGAUAAUGAUGGGAGCAAUGGAGAGACGGAGGGAAGAUUGAGAUGGAGUGUAGAUGAUGUGAGUAAUUAUGUUCCUGGUGAGACGUUCACGAGUCUGCUUGCGAAGUGGGUGAGUGAAAACUGGGGGAAGUAUUGUGAUUCAUCGGAAUUGCAAGAGCAAGAACGCGAUCAGGUGGAGAUGCAUUUCGAGCUGUGA